AUGAGGGGACUCCGGAUCCACUACCAUCUCCUGGAGGAGCAGGAUGAGGAUCUGCCCAGGGGCUGCGGGGACACGGCCGGAGAGGAGCAGCCGGGCUGGGCAGAAGCCCCGGUGCUGGAGGAGCCGUGCAGGAUGGUGCUGAGCACCCCCAGCAGCGUUCUGCAGGACAAGGAGUUCCAGGAGCUGUGGCCCUACCUGCCCCCCCGGCUGACACAGCAGCCCUGGCACCUUCUCUACAGCACCAGCAGGGAUGGCUUCAGCCUGCAGAGCCUGUACCGCUCCAGGGGUCCCCUGGGCUCCCCUGCACUGCUGCUCAUCAGGGACACUGAGGCACAGGCCUUUGGUGUCUUCUCUGCCACCCCCAUUCACUGCAGCAAAGGCUUCUACGGGACAGGGGAGACCUUCCUCUUCUCCUUCUCCCCACAGCUGAAGGUGUUCAGGUGGACAGGAAGGAACAACUUCUUCCUGAAAGGGGACGUGGACCUGCUGAUGGUUGGUGGGGGCAGUGGCAGAUUUGGGCUGUGGCUGGAUGGAGAUCUGCACCACGGGGGCAGCCAGCCCUGUGAGACCUUCGGCAACGAGACCCUCUCCCUGCGGGAGGAAUUCUGCAUCCAGGACCUGGAAGUGUGGGGCCUGGCCUGA